AUGAGGAUUGAGCUCACUGAAGUUCAUGGAGUAUUUAACUGGGUUUGGGAUAUCCCAAAGAAUGAAGAUAGAUUGGAUGAGUCUAUGGCUGAUGAGGAUGAGGAUGUUUGUGGUAUAUGUAGGGCUAGCUAUCAUGCACCAUGCCCGAACUGCAGGUAUCCAGGUGAAUCAUGUGCGAUAGUAUUGGGAAGGUGUGGCCAUAAUUUCCAUGUUCAUUGCAUAAGUCGAUGGGUAGAUACACCUACAUCAAAGGGCUUGUGCCCGAUGUGUCGGCAGAAAUUCCAACUACUGCAACGCACCAAAAUUAAUGAACCACAUAUACCACUAUUCAAGGAGAUUGAGAUCAAAAGGUACAGACAGUUACAAGAAGAGAUCGAGGCGGGAAACUACGAUGCCUUAGAAGAGGCUAAUAUACCACCAAGGGAAGAUGUUGAAAUGGCUUCCGCUUGA